AUGGCUAAAUCUCUACAGGCUAAAUAUUUUUCAGAUGGAGAUCUCUUCAACUUAAAAAAGAAGACCAAUACAACUUGGUCUUGGAGAAGUUUGAGUUCUAAGUUAGCGUUUUUGCAAGCCAACAGUUGCUGGCGUUUAGGGAAUGGCAAGAAAAUUUUAAUUUGGAAAAACAGAUGGAUCCUUGGUCUAUCGAAUCCUCCAAUCCCAAAACUGGGUUGUACGUCUCAUCAGAAGUAUAAGUUUGUACAUGGAAUGUUUCAUCAGAAUAGUGGUUCAUGGGAUAUACAUAUUCUUCAAGAAUUAUUUGAGGCUAACAAAGUAAAUCUCAUCAUGGGUUUACAUAUCCACAACAGAUGUGAAGAUAGGUUAAUCUGGUUGCUAGAAAAAAAUGACAGCUUCUCUGUAAAAUCAGCUUACAGGAAGAUGUAUGAAGAACAAGACAACUCAGAAUUGGUGGGGCCAAGAAUGAUCAAGAUCUACAAAUCAUUGUGGAAGAUGCCUCUACUACCCAGAAUAAGGCAAUUCCCAUGGAAAGUUGUUUCUUCUCUUCUACCUAUAAGAGACAUAUUAAGUUCUAAAAUCCCUGGCAUUGCAUCAGUCCGUCCCUUCUGUGAACUGACUGGACACGAAGCUGGUUCGAUGACCUUCAUGCUAAGAGAAUUACAACUGAUGACAUCUGCAGAAGAGCCAUCAUUGCGUGUUGCUUAUGGUAUGACCGAUGUGACAAAGCUUUUCAGAACACUAACCCUAGAGAGAACCAUUUUAAAAGCUCGUAGCUUUAUCAGUGAACACUUAACACAAAAUAACAUGCAGCAUGCCACUAAUAAUAGAGUUUGUUGUAGGAAUAUAUGUUGGUUGCCUCCACCUGUUGAUGUUGUUACCAUCAACAUAGAUGGUUCUUAUUUGAAUUCUAACAACACUGGUGGAAUUGGACUAAUGGUUCGAAAUUUUGCAGGUGAGCAACAAGUAGCAGAGUGCAUCUACUUGACGGGGAUAAGGAAUGCUGAGCAAGCGGAGUGUAUGGGUUUGUGGGAAACUGUGAAUUUGGCGCAGAGGUUAAAGCUUGAGAAUGUACACUUUGAACUUGAUGCAAAAACAAUGGUGGAAGCAGUCAACAACAAAGCUUCUAUCGAUUGA